UCCAGUUCAUAAUUAUUCUAUGAUUGUUACAUUUUUUCGCAAUGAUUAAUUAAAAAUAGUUUAUCCUAUAAUUUAAGUUUGUUCAAAUAAACAUAAAAGCUGAAUUAAAAAAUGUCUCAUAACAGAAAUAAGUACGAAAAAGCUAGAAGACGAUUAGCUGCUGUUACUUUUCUUUCUAACAUUUCCCUCGAUGGCUCAUUUAAGGAUACUGAGCUCUGCCAGAUUUUAGACAAGACGUCUAAAACUGAUAAAUGUGAUUCUGCAUCUAAGGUAAAGAAUGUUGCGAAUCAUAAUGAAAAAGAUGUUACGCGCCACAAAAUCAAAACCAAAAUGCCGCAAUGCAGCCCUUUGCAUAGAAUAGGAAGUGAUAACCAUUCAUUGAAUUCAGAUUCAGAGUUUGCACACAUGACCCCCGUAAAGAAUGCUUGUAAUAAUUCGUUUAGAGAAAGGUGUUCUUCUGGAAACGCUGAGUUGUAUAAGGAUAGGCACCCAUCACUUCGCAUCCGAAAAACCUGCACACAAGAAGAGAAAAGUAGUGCAGAGAGUUUGAAUUUUGGUAACAUUUUUAUACAGUGUCGUCUUAGAACCAGUAGCACUUGUAUUCCAGAAAACCAGACUUAUACCAAGGAGUUCAAGCUGUUUCGUGGAUCUAAGGGAGUAUCAUUCAAAGACGAAAGACUUGCAUUUACACCUUCACAAGGAGUUCCAUGUGCUUUAUUCAGCACAAUACCUUAUUCAAAGACUACUAGAUGUGCAAGAUCUGACUUGAGGAAAGAUGGAGUCAGACGAAGAAAUACAUCUGGCCCAAGACCACUUUCUGCUAUAACUGAUAAUGGUGUGGAUCCAUUUGACUUACUAGGAUUGGAACGUGAGGAACAUGGACAAGAUAUAUCAUAUUCCAAACUCUUGGUACCUUCAAGAAUAUGCACAAGGGAACAGUAUAGGAAAAUGUAUGAAGCAGAUUUUACUGAUAAGGCCUCAUGGAAACUACUCAAUCGGCACCCUCAUGUAAUAGCUAGGACUAAGUUAUUGACGAGGCACAAGGAUAAAAAAUGGUGUUUCUCAUAUGAAUCGGCUCAAAGAAGCACAAUAGCGUCAUCUCCUCCACAUUCGUCGAUUGAAAACAAAACCUUCGAUUGGGAUGAAGAGGCCCUUUUAGCACAAAAAUAUGGAAGUGCAAAGGCUGUGCAUUACUGUCCGAAUGUACUUGACGAUCCUGAAUUAAUAGCGGGGAAGCACAGAACUCUGCUCACCUUCACAUCGUAUAUGACUUCAAUAAUUGAUUAUGUUAGACCACAAGAUUUGAAGAAGGAAUUAAACGACAAAUUCAGGGAAAAAUUCCCGCACAUCAAGUUAACUCUUAGCAAAUUGAGGAGCAUAAAGAAAGAGAUGAGAAAGAUAGCGAAACAUGACAGUGGUGGAAUCGAUUUGCUUUCCGUCGCCCAAGCAUACGUUUAUUUCGAAAAAUUGAUAUUAGCAAAUCUUAUAAAUAAGGACAAUAGGAAAUUGUGCGCUGGCGCCUGUUUGUUGUUGUCGGCGAAACUUAACGACGUUAAGGGUGAAAUGCUUAAAGCACUUAUAGAGCGUAUCGAAACAACAUUCAGAGUGAACAGGAAAGACCUAAUGAAGUUCGAGUUCGCGGUGCUUGUGGCGCUCGAGUUCGGUCUCCACGUGCCCCCGUACGAGGUGUUCCCGCACUACCAGCGGCUGUUGCACGACUCGUGACCUUGGCGCCGGCUGGCCUGCGAGCCCUGUCUGCGCACGUACCACCGCAGGCGAGCCAGUAUUGUAGACAACUUGCGGGCUAAUGCUUGGAU